CACAAAACGAUGGAUAGAGAAUCCAGACUUUGUAGUAAUGGAGUUUUACACGGGAUUUUGAUCCAUAGAAUUGCACAUGUAGGGUGUUAAAAGAAAAGCAAACAAAAGAGGGAAAAAUUGGGCAGCGCUCUUCCUAAUAAAUAAACGUGAAGCACAUGGGCCAUGCAUGGUUGCCGGAAAAUUGUAAUUGUUCCGAUGUGGGACCACGCCUAUGAUAUAAUCUCAUAGAUGAGUGUGUGGGAGAGUGAGAAAUGUAGUUGUCCAGCAGCUGGAAGAAACAGUAGACUGUAGAGCAGCACCGGCCAUACUCCCAUAGCUGAUCAGUGGUCAUCAUACCACAACACCCAAGACACUUCCCCCAGGUUUAUUUUUCAGCAAUGUUUAUCCCUAUAGCAGUGGCUGUGGUGGUGGGUGUUCUUGGUUGGGCUUAUCAGGCAACAAAGCCUCCCCCUCCAAAGAUAUGUGGGUCACCAGAUGGUCCUCUUGUUACUUCACCAAGAGUCAGGCUUAGCGAUGGCAGGCAUUUGGCAUACAGAGAGACAGGAGUUUCCAAAGAAGAGGCUAAGUACAAGAUUAUUGUCAUUCAUGGGUUUGACAGCUCCAAAGACUUCAAUUUACCUGCAUCUCAAGAACUUAUAGAGGAGCUAGGGAUCUAUUUCCUCUCUUUUGACAGAGCAGGUUACGGAGACAGUGAUCCAAAUCCAAAGCGCUCAGUAAAGAGUGAAGCAUUUGAUAUUCAAGAACUAGCCGACAAGUUGCAGAUUGGGUCCAAGUUCUAUGUGUUUGGAGUCUCAUUGGGAGCUUACCCUAUUUGGGGUUGCCUAAAGUACAUUCCAAACAGAUUGUCUGGAGCUGCCCUGGUAGUACCAUUUGUACACUACUGGUGGCCUUGUUUUCCUUCCCAGCUAGCAAAAGAGGCCUUCAAGACAUUGCAGGUGCAGGACCAGUGGGUAUUUUGGGUUGCAUACCAUGCCCCAUGGUUGUUCUAUUGGUGGAUGACUCAAAAAUGGUUCCCUUCAUUGAGUAUCAUGUCAGGGAACAUGUCAAUUUUCUGCCAGCCCGAUUUAGAGAUGUUGAAAAAGUUGUCAGAAAUCCCAUCCGCUGGUCAGGAAAAGAUACGACAACAAGGUGUUCAUGAAUCUCUGCAUCGAGACAUUAUGGCUGGUUACUCAAAAUGGGAAUUUGAUCCCCUGGAUAUAAACAACCCUUUCCCUGAUAAUGAGGGGUCUAUCCACAUUUGGCAAGGCUAUCAAGACAAAAUCAUACCUUAUAAGCUAAACCGGUAUAUUUCAGAAAAGCUUCCAUGGAUUCGAUAUCAUGAAGUUCCUGAGGGGGGGCAUUUACUCAUCUAUGACCAGAAGACUUGUGAAGACAUCAUAAGGGGGCUUUUGCUUGGCUAAGCUCCAUUUUUACUGUAUAAGGCCAAGUUCUGUAAUAAACUGCAUGCAUAGCAUGCAAUCUGCAACUCUUGUAGACUGCUUCAGUAACAAUAUUGAAAUAAUAGUAAGACCAGCGUCUGGUCUGAGCUUAAUCAUCCA